GGGCCCAGGACGGCGCGUCUGGCCUCGCCCGCGGCCCUCGCCCGGCAAGUUUGAACCAUGAUCACGGUCAACCCCGAUGGCAAGAUCAUGGUCAGAAGAUGCCUGGUCACCCUGAGACCCUUCCGGCUUUUUGUCCUGGGCAUUGGCUUCUUCACUCUCUGCUUCCUGAUGACAUCUUUGGGGGGCCAGUUCUCGGCCCGACGUCUGGGGGACUCGCCCUUCACCAUCCGCACAGAAGUGAUGGGUGGCCCCGAGUCCCGCGGCGUCCUCCGCAAGAUGAGUGACCUGCUGGAGCUGAUGGCAAAGCGUGUGGAUGCACUGGCCAGGCUAGAGAACAGCAGUGAGCCGCACCGGGUCGCCAUGGACAGGUUGCCUGCCGGCGCUGUCCUCAUGGAGCGGAUCCAGGCAAUCGCACAGAACGUCUCCGACAUCGCGGGGAAGGUGGACCAGAUCCUGCGGCACAGCCUGCUCCUGCAUAGCAAGGUGUCAGAGGCCCGGCGGGACCAGUGUGAGGCGCCCAGUGACCCCAAGUUCCCUGACUGCUCAGGGAAAGUAGAGUGGAUGCGUGCCCGCUGGACCUCCGACCCCUGCUACGCCUUCUUCGGGGUGGAUGGCACCGAGUGCUCCUUCCUCAUCUACCUCAGUGAGGUCGAGUGGUUCUGCCCUCCGCUACCCUGGAGGAACCAGACGGCCACCCGGAUGGCCCCCAAGCCACUCCCCAAAGUCCAGGCUGUUUUCCGGAGCAACCUGUCCCACCUCCUGGAGCUGAUGGGCAGCGGGAAGGAGUCCCUGAUCUUCAUGAAGAAGAGGACCAAGCGGCUCACGGCCCAGUGGGCACUGGCCGCCCAGCGGCUGGCACAGAAGCUGGGGGGCCACCUGAGGGAGCAGAAGCAGAUCCUCGUCCACAUUGGCUUCCUGACAGAGGAGUCUGGGGACGUCUUCAGCCCGAGGGUGCUGAAGGGUGGGCCUCUGGGGGAGAUGGUGCAGUGGGCGGACAUCCUGGCCACACUCUAUGUCCUGGGCCAUGGUCUGCGGGUCACAGUCUCACUGAAGGAGCUGCAAAGUAACUUAGGGGUGCCGCCAGGCCGAGGGAGCUGCCCGCUCACCAUGCCCCUGCCUUUCGACCUCAUCUACACGGACUACCACGGCCUGCAGCAGAUGAAGCAGCACAUGGGGCUCUCCUUCAAGAAGUACCGGUGCCGAAUCCGGGUGAUCGACACCUUCGGAACGGAACCUGCGUACAACCAUGAGGAAUAUGCCACGCUGCAUGGCUACCGGACCAACUGGGGCUACUGGAACCUCAACCCCAAGCAGUUCAUGACCAUGUUCCCACACACCCCGGACAACUCCUUCAUGGGCUUUGUGUCCGAGGAGCUCAACGAGACCGAGAAGCAGCUCAUCAAGGGCGGCAAGGCGGGCAACAUGGCCGUGGUCUACGGCAAGGAGGCGAGUAUCUGGAAGCUCCAGGGGAAGGAGAAGUUCCUGAGCAUCCUGAACAAGUACAUGGAGAUCCAUGGCACCGUGUACUACGAGAGCCAGCGGCCUCCCGAGGUCCCAGCCUUUGUGAAGAACCACGGCCUCCUGCCACAGCCUGAGUUCCAGCAGCUGCUGCGCAAGGCCAAACUCUUCAUAGGGUUUGGCUUCCCCUACGAGGGCCCCGCACCCCUGGAGGCCAUUGCCAAUGGCUGCAUCUUCCUGCAGUCCCGCUUCAGCCCACCCCACAGCUCCCUCAACCACGAGUUCUUCCGAGGCAAGCCCACCUCCAGAGAGGUGUUCUCUCAGCAUCCCUACGCGGAGAACUUCAUCGGCAAGCCCCACGUGUGGACUGUGGACUACAACAACUCGGAAGAGUUCGAAGCAGCCAUCCAGGCCAUCAUGAGAACCCAGGUGGACCCCUACCUGCCCUACGAGUAUACCUGCGAGGGCAUGCUGGAGCGGAUCCACGCCUACAUCCAGCACCAGGACUUCUGCACGGCCGCAGGCCCCGCCCCCCCAGCCGCCCAGGCCCCACAGAGUCCCUUCGUCCUGGCCCCCAAUGCCACCCACCUCGAGUGGGCCCACAAUGCCAGCUUGGCGCCUGGGGCCUGGCCACCGGCGCACUCCCUGCGGGCCUGGCUGGCUGCCCCGGGGAGGGCCUGCACGGAUGCCUGCCUGGACCAUGGGCUCAUCUGCGAACCCUCCUUCUUCCCGUUCCUCAACAGCCGUGACGCCUUCCUCAAGCUGCAGGUGCCCUGCGACAGCACCGAGUCAGAGAUGAACCACCUGUACCCGGCCUUCGCACAGCCCGGCCAGGAGUGCUUCCUGCAGAGGGAGCCUCUGCUCUUCAGCUGCGCCGGCUCCAGCACCAAGUACCGCCGGCUCUGCCCCUGCCGUGACUUCCGCAAGGGCCAAGUGGCCUUGUGCCAGAGCUGUCUGUGAGCGCCCAGGUUGCCCGCACAGAGGGAGCACGAGCAGAGUCCGCUCUCCGGCCGCUCGCCCAGCGGCUCCCCCAGGCUGAAGCGUCCCGUCUGUCCAGGAAGCAGGCAGAGGGGAGAGCCUGCACAGUUUGGGGGGCCACGUCCCCGCAGCGCUGGGGCCCACCCUCGACGGCUCCUCGUGUUGUGCUGGGACCCGCGGCAGCACAGUAGUCCAGGAGGCACUGGCUGUGUAGAUGUCCUGCUGGGCCGGAGCAGGCAGGCGGGGCCUCUGUGUUGUGCAAGGCCAGGUCUGGACCGGAUGGAGAAGGGGCCCGUGCAUCCUUGGGUCCAGAGAGGGCCUCUGGGUUUACAAGUAGGGGCAGGGGCCAUGCUGCCAUGGCCCUGAAGGGUCUGAAAACGGCCUGGAGAGCAGGUUGUGGAGAGGGAGCCUGGGGCACACCCUCUUCCUGUGAGGGGAGCACUGCCCGCAGGGCCAGCCUGUCCCUCUGAGCCAGGGUGUGGACAGAGCGUCAUGGGACCAGCCAUGCUCCUCCUGACCUCAUCCCUCCUACCCCUACCCCUCCUCGCGCCCCUGGGGACCAGUGAGACAUGGGGACUGCCCAGACCCCCCUGAACUGUCUGCCUCCUGCUUGUUCCUCGCUCCUCACCCUGGGCUUUUCCCCAAACCCAUCUGGCAUGACCUGCAACUCCAGACCAUGGGUUUGUCUCCAAGCCUCCGUCCCUGUCCCUCCAAGGAGCAGGUUUCCAGCCCAGCCUCUGAGGCAGGCUCUGGAGCCCCACUCGGAGUGUCCUUCCCGCACCAGCUACUUCCCCUGUGCUUGCCCCUGCUCGGCAUCGUCUGAAGGCGAGGCCUUGGGAGGCUCUCCACCCGCAGCACGCCCAGCCUGAUGCCACUGGCCCCAGCUAGCCCCCACCCAUCGACGCUGCAUCUCGUCCCCACUGGCUUCCUCCAGCUUCAGACCACUGGCCGUCCCUAUGUGGCAUGCCUGCCCAGGCCCUGGGGUCCCCUUCCUCUGUACCCCAUACCCAGAGCCCCGCCUGAUCAGAGGGUCAGGCCUUCAGAACACUGCCACCCCACCCUGGUUGUUAAUCCCACUCCCUCUCUGGGCUUCCCUGCCCCACCCACCCAGGCCUGGCCCUUUAUCUUUCCAGGAAGGCAGGCCCAGGAUCCUGAGGGGCGGGAGGGCUAGGGUCGGCUGUGGGCCGAAGGUGGGGCACUUACCACGGGAGCCCCUCCUGGCCUGGCUGGCCUGUGCAGCAGAAACUCAGCAGUUCCCAAGGACCUGUCCUGUCGGGGAAAGCAAUAGAGACACACUUUUCUCUCUCCUUUUUUAAAAGAUUUAUUUCUUGAAAUAAUAAAUAUUUUACUGGGAUGUGAGAUG